AAAUUUUAUUUUUGAAAUUAUAUUAAGAAGAUAAAAUUCUAUCGAUGGUUAGAUAAGUCUUUUGGUCGUGCUGUGUUGAAAACCGCUGUUUUUGUAUGAUCACAGAUUAAAAAUGAUUUUAAGAAACUUUACAUCUUUGUCUAACCAAGCUAUUUGUAGUGUUUUCGUCAAACAAGCACAUAAAGUUACAUUUAACGUACUUAGAAAUUGGGUAUUAAAAGUAAACUUACAUAAUGCCCCGCUUGAUUGCCUUCCCAAAACACAAAACUAUUCCCAUUAUUUUAUAGAAGACGGACUACGAUACGUAUAUCCAUAUCAAUAUGAGUUUUCAAACUUUUGCAAACAGCGAUGGAUGGGCAGAAGAUUGAUUGAUAUUUACUCCGAAGAAUUUCCAUUGUAUCCAGUUGAAGAAUAUCUUCGACGUAUAUCAACAGGUAUGGUCAAAAUUAAUGGCAAGUCGAUGGGAGCAGAUUAUGUUUUAAAAAGCAAUGAUCACAUUAGUUCUAUCAUUCAUAGGCAUGAACUUGCAGUUUUAGCCAUGCCAAUCCGAAUACUGUUUGAAGAUGAUGAAUUUUUAGUCGUAAACAAGCCUCCAUCAAUACCAGUGCAUCCAUGUGGCCUUUUUAACCGCAAUACAGUUACAAAUAUUUUAAGCUAUGAAAGAAAAUAUCGUGACCUGUUUUUAAUCCAUCGCAUAGAUAGACUGACAUCUGGAGUUCUUAUUAUGGCCAAAACAAAAGACAUGUCUCGAAAACUCCAUGAGCAAAUAAAUACACGCAAUGUGAAAAAAGUAUAUCUUUGUAGAGUAGAAGGCAACUUUCCUGAUAAGCAAAUAACUUGCAGUGUCCCAAUAAAAAAAUACAGGCGUAAAAUUAAUGUAUCACUUGUACACCCUCAUGGGAAAAAAUCAGUGACUGAAUUUCAGAAAAUUAGUUACAAUGGUAAAUCCAGCGUUGUACUUUGCAAACCUUUUACAGGAAGAACUCACCAAAUUAGAGUUCAUUUGCAAUACUUGGGGCAUCCAAUACUGAAUGAUCCAUUAUAUAACAAUGAAGCAUUUGGAGCAACCAAAGGCAAACAUGGCAUAAUAAAUAAAACCAUAGAUGAAUUACUGAGUGAUUUGCAUAAAGUUAUUGUAUGUGAUUUAUGGGACAAUAAUAUAGUAUCAGGACCUAAUGAAAUUGAUAAGUUUUUGAUUAAUAAAACAGAUUCACAUUUAGAUUAUGAAUUAGAAAGUGCUUACGCAAAAAAUUUAUCUGCAUUUACUUUUGACAAGCAUUGUUAUUUCUGUUCAAACAAUAUCGAGUGCAAACAAACACAUUUUGGUAUGUUUCUUCAUGCAUGGAAGUAUCAAGGUGAAGAUUGGGAAUUCAAAACUGAUAUCCCAACUUGGGCUUCAAAAAACUUUAGUGCUGUCUAAGGAUUAUUGUUUCUAUUACGUUAGAAAAUUUUAGCACUGUCUCCAGAUUAUUUAUUUCCAAUUUAAUCUUCAUAAAAAAUAAAAAGAAUAUUUCAAACAAUGUGAGAAAAUUUUAAUUUAAUAAACUUUAUACUUAUUUAAUAU